AUGGAUUGGAGUCCAGUGCGGCGCCCGCUCCGGUGCUGCACGGUCCUUGCCGUCGGCUGCGUCGCAACCGCGAUGUCGUCGCAUCGCAGCAAAAUCAUCGCUCGUGUUCGCGUUGGCUUGCGUCCCGCCUUCUUUACACACUCUAACCGUGUGCCAACGUUUGAAUCCGCGCCGGGUGAAGUGCUCCGCCUGUCCCGCCGCGCGUACGCGCGCCACGUGUUCCAACUCCCCACCAGGGAUGACGCCAGGGGCUUCCGCAAGGCGUUCCCUAUGACCUACCACUACAACGGGGGUGCCGUGGAGCUGAAACUCUACGUGGAUCCGGAACCAGAUUUCACCGCGGCGAAGGCCCGUGGAGACACCCACCUCGUGAUCCGGAACGUUCCCUUCGGCUACUCAGUGAGCGGGGUCCGCCAGCUCCUCACAACGAGCCGCACGACGGAGGAGCGGAAAUGGCUCUUCGACAUCCGGGCUUUUCACAAGGCCUAUGAUCCGUAUGAAGAAAGUUCGCAGCCGCAGAUGAUGGGGCUGCCCAUUGCAGAGACCGACGAUCCGUUCUUCGAUAACAUCCCCGCCGUGCUGUGGCUCGAGGACGCCACGCUUCCCAUGAUCAUCAAUCUGUCAUGCCACGCGUGUGAUAUCUGCACGAGUAAUCACAGGACGCGUGAUCAUCAGUGGUUCGCUGCUACCCGCAGCAGACGCCUCGCCAACCGAUUCACGAUCACGGUUGCUCAGCUCCAAAGUGUCAAUGCCAAGCUGCUUGGGCAGACCCCCGUCCCGCUGGCAGUCAAAGCAGACCCGGGUGUCCUGUACAUCGGAUCAGAGGACGACGUGGAACUCUGGACUUGCGCCAUAUGCGACUUCGAAUGUGGGCCUGCGAUCGACAGCGCCUUCGAGCACAUCCGCUCGCCCGGGCAUGGGCUGCGCCUCAUGCAGACGGAAACCGAGCAGACUGCACUGGAAACCUUGGGGCCCAUGAAGGUGCACGACCUCCGCCAGCGCCAGGAGAUUGCAUCUUUCUUGGCAUCACUACUGUGA